AUGCACACUGCCCAGAUCAAGGUGCCGGAGAACAAGAUCGGCAUCGUCAUCGGCCCCAAGGGGUCCAAGAUCAAGCUGAUCCAGGAGAAGACCGGUGUUACGCGUAUCGACACGUCCGGCGAGAUGUUCACGAUCGUUGGACCGCAGCAGGCUGUGGAGAUGGCUUAUGCUGCCGUUAAGGAGCUGAUGGAGAAGGGGUAUUGCUCCAUGGCAUUCGAGGACUUCAAGGAAGAGGCCGUUCCCGUGCAUCCCUCGGUAUUCCCCGACCUCAUCGGCAAGGGGGGUGUCACCAUCAAG